UUAUAAUUUACUAAUGUAAUGCUACAUCGGUGAGGGUUUUUAUACAUGCGCAACUUUUCAAUAAGCAGUAGUGUAGUACAACAUCAGCACUGCGAGGCAGCAAUGAAAAUAAUUUUCAUUUUUCUCAUAGUUGCCUUGUGUUUGGAUCAUGUCGAUCUUAAGGGAGAGAGAAAGGUAGACAACAAUGUGUCUAUUGGUCCCCCUGACCCCCAGGCCAUCUGGCCCGUCACUGACUACCUUCACAAUAACACCGGCUACUCAGUCCUCAAAAACAUAUACGGCGUCUAUUAUGAUGUGAUGUAUGCCACAUCUGGUCCUGAGGUUGGUUUGGGCAAAUUACAGUUCGAUGCUGUGAAAAACUCCUACAUGAAGUUUAUCAACGACGGUUCCUUAGAUGGAGAACAUGCAGUCACGUGGGCCUUCUACGUUUAUCCAAGUAUAAUACAAAAGGCUGUGUUGAUGCAGUAUGAAGGUAACGGGACCUAUCCCGGCAUGCAGCUGCUGCUGAACACGGAUGGCACAAUCGCACUUCGUAUUUACGAGUGUACUAUAGAGAAAUGUUCCAGAAAAACCUUCAAGACAGCAAACACAUUGGUUCUCCCAGGAGAAUGGACGCUACUGGCACUGACCUGGAACAUCCUUUGGCCUGCUCCUGAGCUUGAUAUUUUUGCAAACGGUAAGGUUGAUCAAUUCACAAUAACGGAUAAGACGUCAAUGGAGAACAUGCGGCUGUCCGGGGACGUCCUGUUCGGUGUGUCCUAUGACAACAAGGACUACUUUACCGGGGAUAUGUCCUGUUUCCAGUUCUACAAUACCUCUAUCAUAGGGAAGACCCAAGGAGGAAUUCCAGACUUGUGUGACCCUAAUACGUAUGCCUAUCCGGAGUAUGGGGACCCCAUCGGGAGCAUUGACUUUUAUAACAUGAUGUUGACACCAGGGUCUACCGUAGUAUCAACAGAAAUGGUAACGGAAAUGACGUCAAUGAAUGAUAUCGUGACAACGAAUGGUAUGACGACAGUCAACGAAAUGACGUCAUUUAUGGCUGCUAAUAUGACGACAUCGGCCCCGCAGGUGGAGACUACUGGUGUAGAGCCCACUAUAUCAACAUCUUUCCCCGGACCAGAUACAUCUGUUCCUGUGGAGGAGAGAGUUCAGGAUUGCUGCGCCAAGUUUGUUUUGAUCGGGAAACAACUUGCCGUCUCCGCCUCUACCGACACGACUUUAGCCGGAAGUUGGUCUGUGUGCACACGACAUUGUCUUGUCAACGUCACUUGUAAGGCCGUUUCCUUGGAUACUGUAAGCGGAAUGUGUUCCCUUGCAAAUGAUGUUCCAACCAUUUUCCAUCCAACAUCCUCUGCCUAUGAGAAAGUACUUGAUAAUAACUGCUAAGCAGAAAACAGAAGGAGGUGUUGGACACGAACGUUGUUUUUUCUUGUUUGUUUGCUGAACCAAUUAUUUUUACUUUAUGAAUGACAACCUUUGUUCUCCGUACAUGGUAAAAUUAAAACAAUAGUGCUUCAUAAAAUAAGGUCGGUAAAUCCGAACUCUCCCUCUCCACCCUUUCCCCCGAAAAUUUAAUUUCAUAAAUUCUGUCGUAAACUUACCUAUCAACUGCCUCGAAACCCCUUCCUUUUUGUAUAGAAAUUCAAUCCACUCAUAUAAUAUAUAUCAUAGUUUAAAAGUGUGUUUUUAAAAACAAUAUUUCCGUUUUCUUUCUCUAUAUUAAUUUUUAGCUACAUAAUUAUAUAAACAGAUGCCAUUAAAACACAUGUUGAAGUCAAACCUGUAACUUUUUUGAUAUAUUUACUUUUUCUACUGUCUUUGUCUGUGAUAACAUUACAAAUCAAAUAUGUAAGUAUAGUUCAAUGAAGUUCAUCAGUGACGCACAUGGCGUACUGUUGGAGUGCAGUCGAUAUAUCGGGGUUUAUAAUUUAUGAUUUGUAAUAAAAUGUUGUAAAUUUCACGUUUAUCCCAGGGGUUAAUUAGAUGAUGAAAAAAAUUAUGGGGUUUAUGAUUGUUUGCUUUUGUUUUGUUUUUCUUUCGUUUUUUCACAAAAAAUUUAAUUUUCAAAACUCCUUGUUUACAGUAAUUAGAUUAUCUCUUGAAGUAUGAUUGAGUGUUCUGUACAUGUGCGAUAAGGUUUCGGAAAAAUGAUUUUUAUCCCAGUGGUCAAUUUAUAUGUUAAAAAAUGACGGUUUUUGUUUGUUUGUGCUUUUUUAGCUUUUGCCAAAUAAACUCUUGGAAUAUGAU